CUCACCCGUCCUUACCAACACCAACCGCACCAUCACCAACCAACGGUCACGGUCGGGAAACUGGCACAUCGGCUAUGGACGUGAACGAGUGGGUCAAUUCCAUCCGCGCUACAGCCGGCCAGAAGGCUUUCGAACAAGCAUCACCUCCAACCCAGCGGACAAAACAGCAGCACUUGUACACGAAGCGUGGGCAAAGCCUCGUGUCGCCCCCCAUGUCGGUCGCAUCCGGCGCGUCUCCGUCUAAGAGGCAGCGACGGACCAGCACACCCCCCGAUGUCAGCGAUCCUUUAUCCGACCAAGAUCGUCUGCGAGGCGAGCAAGCCACCCCCCGACCGGCACAUUCAAUGCGCCUUGCACCCAAGAGCAGUGCCUCCACCGUUAGCUCUGCGUCGGUGUCCAGUUCACGCUCGAGCUCUCCGCGCAAACAUCUUGUCGCCCUGCGCACAGCUCAUCCAGCCGAAGGUGGCGCAGAAGUAUGCGGAUUUAACGCUGAUGACGAGCGGAUGCCCGCGGGGCUAGUCGAAGUCUUCAACACACUCCAGUCGCCAUCACCCUUGCUGUGCUCCUCAACACGUGACACAAUUCAGGCACAUUACGGAGCCACACGAAACGCUCAACAAUGGCACGAAAAAUCGCUUUACGGCAUGGAACGAAGCGCACUGGGUCCGACGCCAGACCCAUGCGAUAUCGAUGACAUCGUUGGCGAGGCCGACAACUGCGCCAGGUUGAUGCUGGAUGAGGAGGCUUGGACAACCACGGUUAUCUAUCGCCUCCUACGCACCGCAUUAUGGCCCACACCAUCAGGCCGACUGGCGGACAACACAAAUUCCCGUAAGGAUGAGCUUGCCGAUCUGAGGGUUAUCCCGUGUUCCUCUGCAUCCAUCAUCCCUCACUACAAAACGCUCAGAACGCCAUUGAAGAAGGUGGACCUUGCGGUUGCGUACUAUCCGCGGGACAAGCACAAAAAAGGCGAACUCCAGAAACUCUUGCGGGCCAGCCCGCUUUCAGAAGAAGAACAGAGCAUCAACUUCACCAGCUAUCCCGGCCUAACUGAAGGACCCAUUGUCUUAUCUGUCGAGGUCAAGCGCGCAGGUGACGGCGCCGAGGCCGCGAAGCUGCAAUUGCUCACGUGGCUUAGCGCGCAAAAGAACAAAGUUGACGAGCUUAGCUUACUGACCUCAUCAACGUCUGGGAUAGAGAAGCCUGACUACCUGCCGGCAAUACUUGUACAAGGCCACGACUGGAACCUGGUGGCGUUCACGAUGGAUGCGGAGGGAAAGAGGAAUCAUCCAGCGACUCCAAAAACUGGCGAAUAUCACACUGGUUCCGUUCUAUCAGUGGUAUCAGGGACUUCGCCCAGCUCUCACCUGAAAGGGACAGCAGACGGCCAGCGGUAUAUCGAGAUUGAUCUGAACGGCACCGUUGAGCGCUUCAUUAUCAUCGAACUGAUAUCCCGCUCGCGGUCUGUUGUUGGCCGAGCUACAACAUGCUGGAGAGCUCGUAAAGAGGGCGAGGAUGAUCCCUCUUUCGUGAUCAAGGAUUCGUGGCAAUGCUGCAGGCGUACCGAAGAAGGCGAAUUACUCCGCGAAGCCAACGAGAGCGGAGUGAUCAAUGUGCCUCGCUACUACCACUAUUACAACGUUCAAGUCGGCCACGAGGCUGAUGAUGUCGUCAACAACGUGCGCCGAGGGCUGGACACCACAACAGCUAUGGUCCAUCAGCCAGCACACCUCGGAAGGGCAGGAGGAUCCAGCGUGUCAGGGUCGGCGCGAACAGGCCGUAGCGGCGCGGCCGGCUCGAAGAGGUCCUCCAGCCAAGCAGGUGCUCUGCCGCCGCCUAACAAGCGGCCUUACUCCAGGUCGCCCACAAAGCCCGUCAGCAUCGCGCGGGCGAACAGAGUUCAUCGGCGCGUCAUCACGUACGGCUACGGAAUACCGAUCUACCUGGCGCCCUCACGCUCAGCAUUCCUUGGGGCUAUGGUAGACUGCAUAAAGGCGCACGAGUCACUUUGGCGCAAGUCUAAGCAGCUCCACCGAGACAUCUCCAUCAACAACUUGUUGAUCCGCAAGGAUAAUCAUGGCGUGCUGCAUAAUGGACUGCUUAUCGACCUGGACCUCGGCAUCAGAAAACAGCGAGGGGGUCCUUCGGGGGCGGUAGGCAUGACCGGUACGCGAGCUUUUAUGGCCAUCGGUGCGCUUCUGGGAGAACAAUACACUUUCAUGCAUGAUCUCGAGUCAUUCUUCUGGGUUCUCUUCUGGAUAUGCAUCCACUUUGGCGAAAACGGCGAGCCGAGGAUACACAAAUGGUUCGAGCCGUGGAACUACACCGAUCCAAAGGAAUUGGCGACGCUUAAAAAGGGGCUGGUCAGUGAUGAGGACGACUUCAUUAAGACUGUCGGAAAAGACUUCACAAAGCACUACCAGGUAUUGAUACCCUACGUCAACCGCUUACGAAUGGUGGUCUUUCCGGACGGGAGACGACGGAAAUCGCGCGUGAGAUUGCGCAAGGAAGGCGGCGGGCAAGACGGCGGGGAAGACGAGGAAGACCGCGAGGAAGACCUGAAACUCUACUCCUCGAUGACGGAAAUCUUGCGCAAGGCACAAGAAGAUCCGACGAUCAAGGAUGAAUAA